CCAUCUUGGAGAUGGGAGUCAGGGGAUGGUUGUGGUCGUUCUGCUAAAGCAAACAACAAAACGGGCACAUCUGUCACCCCCAAGUACGGCUAUUAUCACUGUAAUUGUUGGCCAAACCUACAGAAGAAGCAAGGGUGUCAAAGCGGAGAGCAGCGACAUUGAUAACAGUUUCACCUGCCUGCUGGGGCGAAAGAAGUGAAACGACUGAGAACCGGAAGGAUGGUGCAGUCCUGUUCCGCCUACGGCUGCAAAAACCGAUAUGAUAAGGAUAAGCCAGUUUCUUUCCACAAGUUUCCUCUUACUCGACCCAGUCUUUGUAAGGAAUGGGAGGCUGCUGUCAGAAGAAAAAACUUUAAGCCGACCAAGUAUAGCAGUAUUUGUUCGGAACACUUUACUCCAGAUUGCUUUAAGAGGGAGUGCAACAACAAGUUACUGAAAGAGAAUGCUGUACCCACAAUAUUUCUUUGUACUGAACCUCAUGACAAGAAGGAAGAUCUUCUGGAGCCACAAGAACAGCUUCCCCCAUCUCCUUUAACACCCCCCAUUUCCCAGGUCGAUGCUGCUAUUGGAUUACUGAUGCCUCCUCUUCAGACCCCUGACAAUCUCUCGGUUUUCUGUGAUCACAACUACACUGUGGAGGAUACAAUGCACCAGAGAAAAAGGAUUCAUCAGCUAGAACAGCAAGUUGAAAAACUCAGAAAGAAGCUCAAGACUACACAGCAGCGAUGCAGAAGACAAGAACGACAGCUUGAAAAAUUAAAGGAGGUUGUACACUUCCAGAAGGAGAAAGACAUAACAGAGAGAGGUUAUGUGAUUCUGCCAGAUAACUAUUUUGAAAUAGUUGAAGUACCAGCAUAGAAAAAAGGAAUUUGUAUUGGUUUUUAAUGGGGCAAUACCACACACCCUCUUCUAGCCUAUAAAGGAGUUUCAUCUGAAAAAAUAACACUUGAUUACUUGUAUAAAAACAAUUCAGAAUAUUUUUAAAAAAAUAAAUUAGAUAUAUACUGUAAAAUUGUUAAUGUUUUUGUUUGUAAUUUCAGGGUUUUUACAUUUUAACAAAAUAUUUUAAAAGUUAUAAAGUAGCCUCAGAGCACCAGUGUAAGUUGGUUUCAAGACUGAGGGUUUUUGUUUUCUAAUUUGAGUAUUUAUAGAAAUAAUGUAAAAAUAAAAAGGAAGGAGAAUGAGAACAGUACAGUAAGGAUGAUUUAAGUUUAAAAUUUAAAAUUAGUUUAUUGAGAGAACUAAGUUAUAUUUUAAAUCAGAAGUAUGGGUUAGAUCAAACUUCUCAGAAUAUAUAUAACCUUAUUCGCACAUUCUUAUUUGUAAAGUCAGAUUCAUUUAUCUUAAUCACUUGUCAAAGGUAAUGUGGCAAGUCAACCCUUUAAAAAAGGAUAUGUUCAGAGCAGAAACUGUAGUCAUUUCAUACCUAAUUAAUAUGAUUAAAUAACUAUAUAAUGAAUGGAGUUUUAAAAAGUGGGCUCCUCUUUUUCCUCCCACCGUAACAAAGUAGGCAUUGUUAUCCAUGAAGUAAUAAAAAUGAGGGCCUCAUCUGUGGUAUGCUUUUUUCUCUCAUUACCCCUAAGUUCCCCACCUGAAGUUAUUUUUGCAUCCAAGUCUCUAACGAACAUGUUGUGUCAAUAGAGUUUGAUUUGUAUCAUGAUAUGGUAAUCUUGAACCUGACUAAUUGAUUUUGGUCAAGGCUUCACAUAAAAAUGUUUUUCUUCACUUUAAAAAAAAUUUUUUUUAUCCUCACCUGAGGACAUUUUUUCCCCCUUGCCUUUGGAGAGAGAGAAGAAGAGAGGGAGAGAAACAUCAGUUGGUUGCCUCACGUGCGCCCAGACCGGGGAUCUUAACACACCCAGGAUGGGGACCGGACCCACAACCUUUCAGUUACGGGACGAUGCUCCAACAGACUGAGCCACAUUAGCCAGGGCAAUUUCUUUACUUUUAACACAAAUUAGAUAUUAAAUCCCAUUUUAUUUAAAUGAGUGAUUUGUAUUCAGAAGCAGCCUAAUAUGUACUGUUUAUUUUCCUGAAUGUUAAGAUUUAAACACUGAGGUUUCUGUUCAAACUGUGAAUUAUAUUCUGACUUUGUGAUAAAUUUUACAUAUAUUUGAAUGAAAUGUGUUCUGAGUAAACAAAUACUGCCAUAGUACGUACUUACUUAGAUUUAGAGUAACUAUUUCAACUGUAAUUAUUUUAUAUCUCAAAGUAUGCUAAGGUAGUUGAGUAAUAAACCUUUUAAGGCAGUAUUAAAGGUGUAAAACAAUGAUGUUCAGAAGUGUCUUUUGUAGACCUGCUUUUCAGUGUAAUUUACUGCCAUGCUGUGACUGGAUAGUACUUUGAUUUAUGGAGAUUUGAUUUUCGAUGAACCAGUAUUUCAAAAAUAGAAAAUUUUGAUUAGAAGAUUACUAGACGCUAUGUAGAACUCACUCUAAUGAAUCAAAGGACUUUUUCCAGUUAUUCAUGGAUCUCAUCGCGGUUUCUGGAAGUUGCAAACUCUCCAAGUAGUUUGUUUUUACAUUUCAUCUCUGUAGCAGUUUGUGGAAGGUAUGUGGGUAAUAUUUUGCCAAAGCAGAUAUUUAUCUAACUUGUUACCUACACAAAGGAAAAUCUGUGUGUGUGCGCACGUGCGUGUGCAUCCCCAGAACCAGCACUCCAACAAUUGACCUGUAAAAGUGGUAAUAAUAAUUACUUUUAGCAUCUUAGCAUUAUGAUUCAACCUGAAGCUACUUCCUUUUCAUAAUAGACGUAAAUCCAUGUUUGGAGAGAACUGAGCAAGAACACAUAUACCAACUGUUUGCAUAUAAACAAGUUAUCAUAGUUUAACAUAGGAAUUUUUAGGUUCAAGUGCUUGUUUCUGAAUUUGAGAUGUAACAUUUGAAUGUUUUUAUAAUUCAUUUUGUCUAUUGUACUACUUAUGACAUUGUCAAGAAAAGGAGACGUUUUGGCUACAGUAGGUCAUGUUCAAGCAUAAUGAAACUCAUUCAGAAAAAGGGACAAGGUCUCAAUCUGAAACAAAUCAGGAGAGGAUCCGUAUGAAAUGCAGCAUAUUCUGAACAUUUGUUUUAAACAUAUAUAGUAACGUAUAAAAUUUUCACCUAUGUGUGACAUAAUCUGUCACUAAUAGUGAGAAGAAGUAUUGUUUAUUAAUUGAACUGCUAGGAAAACUAUAGAAUCAAAGAAUUUUAGAAUUAGAAGGAACUUAGAAAUCAUUGAACACCAGCCCAACUGCUAACCCUGAAGAAAUUUCCUUGUAAAGUAUCUCUGACAGUGGUCACCUGAACUCUGCCAUCUACACGUAAGCAGUUCUGCUCAGAUUCUUUAAAAUGGGUUUCUGGGUUAGAAUGGAAUUAGUUGCCACCGUUUAUACUUGUUUAUAAUAUAAACAUAAACUUACUUUGAACUGCUGCAUAGUUUGUCAAAUUCCAAAUUACAGAAAUGUUAAAUUUUUGUAAAAUAAUUUAAAUGUUUACUAAUUGUAUACCUGUUAUGUGUGCUAAAAAUAUCUCUGUCAUUGCAGUAAAGAAAUAGUGGUGUCUAAAAUUAUUAGCAAAACUUUUUACUUGGAAACCUAAGUACACGAGAUUGUGUUCCUUUAACAGUAAUGUGUAGUCCCUUUCUUAGAAGUACAACAAUAAUGGUGAAGGCAAAUGAAAAUUUCCCUUGGCAUGGAUUUUUUUAGGUUAAAUUAAUGUUCUCUGAUCAUUAUCAAAACAGUUAUAUACACAUGCACAUACCUAACACCUAUGACUUUUAUAAAUAGUAAGCAACAUAAAAUAAUGUAUUUAAAAGUCCACAUGAUCUGUAAAAAGAAAACUCCAUUUGUGUUCCAGAAUUUUUAAAAGGCAGCCGGCCAUGAGUAGCGUUUAAAGGAGAAAAAGGGAACAGAUUUGGUUGGUUAUCAUUUUUGCUAAUGUUGGGGAGUGAGUUGGAUGACCAGUGAAUGAAGAGCAUUGAUUUUGUCUGGGGUAAUUCGUGUUUCUGGGCAUUAUGGUUUAAUACAGUUGUGUAUUAAAAUACAUUCCUUGAUGUGAAAGAAAAAUAUCAAAGAGCAAACUGAUUUUUGCAGACAAAAGCAAUUACGAUUGCUGAGCUUCACAGGGAAGUUAGCUCAAAGUAAUAUUCUCUCACGUUCCAUGUCUUGAUUAUCUUUUUUGCCUUGGGUGUGGUUUUAUUCUAGUGAGAUUUUUUUCUUAGUGAUAAAUAUUUUUCAACACAAAA